GGGGAUCCCGUCUCGUCUCGCCAUCCAACAGCCUCUUUCCAAGGAGGAAGAGGAGAGGGGGAGGAGGCGAGGAGGAGCAGAUCACUAGGUCUCGCCGGCUGGGAGGGUAGCUGGGGGAGAGGCCGGGCUGCCACCCCCUUCCCGGCCGUGCACCGCCUAGCUCGAGGCUGUUCCAGGCACCCACCCACUCCUUCCCGGGCUAGCAGCGUCCUUGGUCGCUUGCACCAGCUCCGGCGCCCGCCAGCACCUAGCACCGGGGAGGCGGCGCCCGUUCUCCCCUCCUCCACCGUCCAAGCCCUGCUUCUCGGGGAUACGCCGCCCAGCAGCCCGCGCCGCCCCCCUUUGGCUAAGUUGAGUUGGAGGAGAAGGAACUUUGACAGUGACCGGCGGGGUUCGAAUCUCGCCGAACUGGAGACUCCCCGGAGCUAAGCGGGGCCAGAGUUUCCCGGGGCGCAUCAGCGUGGCAACCUGUUUUGCAGCGACAGGGUGGAGCUGGAUUGUGGCUCGCUGUCACCAAAAAGGACAGGAGCUAGUAUUUUCUUUUUUCUUUUCUGCCAAGACCUCGGCUGACAACUGGGUCGAUUCGAGUCUAGAAGAUGGAAAGAGGCAGCGAAACUGUUGCCACCUAAAGCGGGUGGACGUGGCUUGCUGCCCAGGCGCUUCUCCCUGGUCGCAACAUUGACCAGCACUUGGGGCGUUGGUUGCAACUUUUCAAGGUCAGCUAGAGAACCUUGGGGCACAGGCUGGGGGCUGCAACUGGCUGAGAAAUGCCCAGAGCUCGGCUUGAAGAAGGACCUUUGAGCGCAAAGGUUCCCCUCCCCGCCCCGCGUGCAGAAAAGAUCCGUUCCCCCAUCGUGCGUCCUCUCCAGUCCCGUCGCCGCCGGGUGAGUAUGUGACAUGAGUCCAACUCCGAGAGAGGCAACUUAGGCAGCAGGUGUCGGUUGUCAACGGAGCAGCCGGCAGACAGGUGCUUCCUCGCCCAAUCAUGCGGGCACCGGGUGUGCCCUUGGUCCGCACCUCACGGCUGCUGCUACUCUUGCUGCUCAAGUUUUCUGCUGCUUCAGCCCUCGGAGCCGCCCCGGGCACAAGGAAUGAAACUUGUCUAGGGCGAAGCUGUUCAUCCACACGGAUCCAGCGCCGCAGCAAGGACGCUUGGGGACCGGUUUAUUCUGCGAGAGAUGUUCUGCGAAGCCAUGGGCCGCGGGAAGAGCGGCAGGAGGCGAUGGCGCGCGCUGCGCCCUUAUGGGGCCACCAGGCCGCCAGGGGUAGUGACCCCGGCGCCGUCAGAGGGGUGGCGGCGGCGGCAAUUGAGCCCUCAGGACCACCAACUAGGACUCCUGGCCCCUGGAAGUGGAAAGAUGCCCGGGGUCAGGAGUUUCCCGCAGCUUUGGGAAGAGUGCACCCCGCAGCUCUCCAACUCUACCUUCAGAUUUCAGAGGACAAGAAGGAGGACCAAAGCGCUGGCAUGUCUGGGAACAGCCAGGUGCAGAGUGUGAGGACAGAACCCGGCGUUAGUGACCUUUAUUAUUGGCCCAGGAGAGUUGGGAGACUUCAGUCCCACCAUGAUCCCCCAGUUAAGACGGUCAAUGCACCUGCGGGUUAUGAAGCCGGGCGCACAUUUGCACCCCCGGGACGAGCUUUAGCUCAGAAUGGGUCUUCGGAGGAAGAAGUCCACGAAUUGGGCCGUCCCCAUCAGGGAAACAGCACGAACAGGCGUUUGAGAUUGAAGAACCCAUUCUAUCCGCUGACCCAGGAGUCAUAUGGAGCCUAUGCAGUCAUGUGUCUGUCGGUGGUUAUCUUUGGUACCGGUAUCAUUGGUAACCUGGCGGUGAUGUGCAUCGUAUGUCACAACUACUACAUGCGGAGCAUCUCCAACUCCCUCUUGGCUAACCUGGCCUUUUGGGACUUUCUCAUCAUCUUCUUCUGCCUUCCACUCGUCAUCUUCCAUGAGCUGACUAAGAAGUGGCUGCUGGAAGACUUCUCAUGCAAGAUUGUACCCUAUAUCGAGGUUGCUUCUCUGGGGGUCACCACCUUUACCCUCUGUGCACUAUGCAUUGAUCGUUUCCGCGCCGCCACCAAUGUUCAGAUGUACUAUGAAAUGAUCGAAAACUGCUCUUCCACGACAGCCAAACUUGCUGUGAUCUGGGUGGGCGCCCUCCUCUUGGCACUUCCAGAAGUGGUUCUCCGCCAGCUGAGCAAGGAAGAUUUGGGGUUCAAUGGCCAAGCUCCUGCAGAACGCUGCCUUAUAAAGAUCUCCUCUGAUCUGCCCGACACCAUCUAUGUGUUAGCCCUCACCUACGACAGCGCCAGGCUCUGGUGGUACUUUGGCUGUUACUUCUGCUUGCCCACGCUCUUCACCAUCACCUGCUCCUUAGUGACUGCAAGGAAAAUCCGCAAGGCAGAGAAAGCCUGUACAAGAGGGAAUAAGCGACAGAUUCAGCUCGAAAGCCAGAUGAACUGUACAGUGGUGGCUUUGACUAUUUUAUAUGGAUUUUGCAUCAUCCCUGAAAAUAUCUGCAAUAUUGUUACCGCCUACAUGUCCACAGGAGUUUCCCAGCAGACGAUGGACCUCCUCAACAUCAUCAGCCAAUUCUUGCUCUUUUUUAAGUCCUGUGUCACUCCCGUCCUCCUUUUCUGUCUUUGCAAACCCUUCAGUAGGGCCUUUAUGGAGUGUUGCUGCUGCUGCUGUGAUGAGUGUAUUCAAAAGUCUUCGACAGUGACCAGCGAUGACAAUGACAACGAGUACACUACAGAGCUGGAGCUCUCACCUUUUAGCACCAUACGCCGGGAAAUGUCUACUUUUGCAUCAGUUGGAACUCACUGCUGAAGGACAUUUAAUUUGAUUUGUUUAUUAGUUUGAUUUUCAUCUUCUGUGAAAGUUUUUACUUCCAUCUUUUUCCUUAUGGGGAAAAAGUGCAAAAAAAAGUUAACUGCUGUAGAAUGGAUUUGGCAAAUUAAUAAUUGUGCUUUGAGAAAAAUGUUUAUAUUUAGUUAUUUAAGAAGUUUAAGAAGACCCAUAGUUUUAGAUCAUUUCAUCUGGUCUGGUGCUAAUAUUUUAUUUGAAAAAGUGACUGCACCUUAACUGACUUAAUUGCUACUUUUCUUUCUUUUAAAAGUCUAAUCAUUGUACAUUGUUUAUAGCCAUGUGAUUUUUGUAGGUUAUUUUACAUUUGAGUUGUGUAUUAAAAUAUAUUGUAAAUGAUAUUGUAAGAUAUUCUGUAGUUAAAAAGCAUUCACAAAGUAGCACCAAAUAAAUUACACUUUAUUCUUUAA